AUGUCUGCGCACAUUGCAUGGAAGUAUGGAUCACAAUAUUUUCGUAAAUUUCACGAAAGGUCGCGUUUCGGACUAAAUUUAACUGACUUUAGUUUUUUGUCAUCAUGUCGUAUUCACAGUAACAAUAGAAAUGGGAAUUCAAGUACUAUUGAGCCAAAGCUUCGUUCUAAAUUUGGGUCCGGUGUUGCAAGCCCCACCACAACAUUCAACAACAACAGCGAAGAAGGAGGAUCAUUUUCUUUGAAGGAUGCCCGGCAGGCAUUGAAGGAAUUUGAACGUCCUAAAGAAAUCCUGAAUAAUGUUUUGAUGCAUGGUGCAUCCAAAGUCAAAUCACUAUGGCAAUAUAAGACUACAGGGAGUAAACUAAAACGAAGUGUACUUACUGUUAAUUGGCCGGUGCAAUUUGAAAUUGUCACAAGUGCUAGGAAGAAAGUAGAAGCAGAGAGAAUGGCAGCUGCACUUGCUUGUGCUAAAUUGAAGAACUUGGGUUACCUUGACAAGCACAACCGACCUCGUAUUCCAGGAAAGUUGUUACUUUAUAACAAAGAUGACAUUAAGUCAUUUUUUAAGGCGGAUCUUCAACCGUCUUGGAUAUCUUUGACACCAAAACUCAAAAAUGAAGUUCUUCAAGGACUUGACAAUCUGAAGCAUUUUAAUAGCAAUCCAGGUCAACAAGACCUAGUUGCUGGAGGGUUUCUAGAUUCAUUUUCUGAAGAAUCAAAGUCUCCGGUAAUUGAUGCUAUUACUGGACAACCGCUAGUUCACCUCUCGGACCAAAAUAUAGCUGUAAAAAAUCACAAACUAUUAGAUCAGCUGAAUGUUUUAGAAAAUUCCCAGUCAAUUCUCAGAAAAGAAGCUGCGUCACUUCCAAUCGCAAAUAUGAGAGAAGAAGUAAUCUCAAAAAUUCGAAACAAUCAAGUGGUGGUGUUGUCUGGUGAAACUGGGUGUGGAAAAACGACACAAGUUCCGCAAUUUAUUUUAGAAGAUUUCAUUAGAAAUGAGAAAGGAUCAGAGUGCAAUAUUAUUGUUACACAGCCUCGUAGAAUUAGUGCUAUUUCUGUGGCUCAGCGUGUUGCAAAUGAAAGGCAAGAAAAUGUGGGAAAAUCAAUUGGAUAUCAAGUGAGGUUGAACAGUAGACUUCCAGAUAGCAACGGCUCCAUUCUGUUUUGUACCACUGGUAUACUGCUCAAGAAACUACAAACAAAUUCAAGUUUAACAGGCAUAAGUCAUGUGAUCAUUGAUGAGGUGCAUGAAAGAGAUGUCGACACUGAUUUUCUUUUAAUCCUUGUCAAGAAUUUGAUCAAAGAAAAUCCAAAUAUUCAUGUAAUAUUAAUGAGUGCUUCAAUUAAUUCAAAGAUGUUUAGUGACUAUUUCCAAAAUUGUCCAAUCAUAUCUGUGCCUGGAUUCACCUACCCAGUGACCGAGUUCUUCCUACCAGAGAUACAGCAAAUGAUUGGUCGUAGUCUGCAAAGAACCAUCAACGGUAAUGAUGACAACAAGAUACGUUACCCAUUUACAGAUUUUGACUUUGUAACCAAUCUUAUCAAUCAUCUUGAUGACACUAAGCAAGAAGGUGCUAUCUUGUGCUUUCUUCCUGGCUGGCAAGAAAUAAAAAAUGUUUUUGAUCAACUGACAGACAAUCACUACCAGGAUAGAAGAAAUCGCCUGGUUCUACCAUUACAUUCAAACUUCUCCAUUGCAGAACAGCAGGAGAUAUUCAAGAGACCAGCUGAGGGUGUAAGGAAAAUUGUGCUUGCCACCAAUAUAGCUGAAACGUCUAUUACCAUCAAUGAUGUCGUUUAUGUGAUCAACAUUGGUAAUCAUAAGGAGCAAGGUUACAACUCAGAUUUAGGGGUGUCUUGUCUAGACCUACAGUGGAUUUCACAGGCUAACGUUCGACAACGUAAGGGGCGUGCUGGCCGCUGUCAGCCUGGUGAAUGUUAUCAUCUAUUCACUCAAGAUGAAUAUCAACAGCUAGAUGCGUACCAAGUCCCUGAGCUUCUUCGCGUGCCAUUAGAACAGGUCAUAGUUCAUGCCAAGGUUCAUAACCCCCUUGUCAAUGCUGAGGAAUUUCUAUCGCAGGCACUUCAGGCUCCGACUAUUGAAGCGGUUGACAAAUCAAUCGAAGUUUUAACAGAGAUGGAUAUUUUGGACAAAAAUGAAUGCCUUACUCCUUUAGGAAAGAAAGUUUCACAGCUUAGCACAGACCCUCGUCUAGCGAAGGCACUAGUGUACAGCUCAAUUUUCAGAUGUAUGAACCCUGUGAUGACAAUUGUUGCUGGACUAAGUGCAAGAGAACCAACCAGAGAAACUCUUCAUAACCGAAACAAAAUUAUGGCGGUAAAGCAGUGGUAUGGUGGAUCAUCCAAGAGUGAUCACAUCAGCAGGUUGAACAUUUACAACGCCUGGGAUCAAAGUUCAACUGAGGGGUCAUGGGCAAUGAAUACAUUUAUAAAUGAAAAUUGCCUUGAUAGGGGAGCCCUGUACUUUAUUAAGGGUUUACGUAGGCAAUUUUCUGAGAAUCUUAGAGAUGCAGGGCUAAAACGGAGGUGUGCAAAUCAAGAGGGGCUAAAUGUAGAGUUAAUAAAGGCAGUGCUUUGUGGUGCAUUUGUUCCAAAUAUUCUGCAGGUUCGGAGAGGGUUAAGGGUCAGGGGGAAGUUGAAACCUAAUAAAUUAUCCUUCAAAGAUUGGCAAGUUGGAAAAGUUUUACUCCGAGGAAGAUCAAUCAACUCAAAGGAAAAGUCAUACAGCUCCAGAUGGCUUACAUAUUUUGCAAAGACACAAUCAAGUGCAACGUUUAUUCAUGAAACUUCCAUGGUACAUCAGUUAGGGUUGAUCUGCCUUGCUGGAAAGGAGGCUUGGAUAGAAAGAUUGCCCUCUGCUCUUGAGGAAAACUUGAGGGAGAGCCUGGGUUGCUUUGAAGAGGAUCGUGAAGAAUACGACCUUGUGAGGUUUAGGAUUGCAAUAACCGAUGAGCACGCCAAAUCAAUUAGUUUUUUCAUGUUUGAGGAUGUAGCGGAGAUCCUGCUUGAGGUCAUUGAGCAUGUGCAGAGCUUAAUACGUGAAUCACUUGAAACAAAUUUGUCACAAUUGCCUGAAGAUAUAGAGGAAAAACACAAAUGCAUUGUGGAUAUAGUUUGUAAGCUGCUGUCGAGUAUCCAACAACCAUAUAUUCAGACGAAGGGAGGAGAACAGCAGGCAAGACAACCAGAUUCCGACAGUGAUGUCACAGAUUCUGAAGAGAUGCUCUGGUGAUGUUCAAAUGUCUUGAGCCGGAUACAGGAUAGUUUGUGCUAGGCCAUGUAUGGAUGGCUGCUGAGUGAUGAUCAAUGCUAUACUGCCAGUAUCUGCUCUAGUAUCAAGUAAUAUGUCUUGAGGGAGUGUCUUGUGGAUCAUGGUUUGUUCUAGGCUUUGAAUUGCCUUUCUGGUGUAAAGCGAGGCAUACACUGCAACUAGAUUCCAUGGAAAAUGCCGCAACAAGGUACACACAGUUAUUGUUUUAAAUGACGAACUGCUAAACUGCCACCAAUAAUCAGCAGGCAUUGAGUCAAGCACUGCAAAAAGCAGAUGUGGGAUUUGUUGGUGGACAGUCGUCGAUGCAGUGUGUGCUUGGCUUUAGACCUUGUAAUUAGUUUCUGCUAGGCCUAGGUAAGUUCACUUGAUAGCAGGUACAGUUGCCUCAUUAUUAUUUAUUGAGGCCUGUAAUUUCUUAGUCCCUCUAUCACUUGGCAUUAUCAUGCCAAGUGAUAAUAGUAUGUUUCUAUGUGGCGAAUUUAUUUGAGUUUAUAUAAAUUUAUUAUUUAUAUAAUUUGAUUAAAUUAGGAAAGUUAUAAAGAUUUAUAUUUGUUGCAAAUGUUUUGUCGAUUGGUAGGAAGAUUUCAAGAUAUAUUUAUAUAUUUAUGUGCUCUGGGAGAGCCAAUAUGGUCAGUUUUACUGCUAGAGAAACCCUCUGGAAACAAAAGUUGAAUAAAUGUAUUAAAGUUAAUCAUACAGUAGAUGCAUCAUUAUAUCAUUUUAAAUUGGUAAAGAAGACCCAAAAAGUAAUUACAUGAAAGCAACUGUGUGUAUGGAGAUACACAUCCACUGGUUAAAGAUGAUGAUAAAUAUUUGAGAAAAAUAUGUCUCCAUCAGGAUUCGAACCCAAGACCUUCCGAUUACCAUUUGGAUACUCUACCAACUGAGCUAUGAGGCUAAGUGGUAUAACACUCUUUGAUUUUUCAAUUGGGACAUGUUUUUCCUCAAUUAAUUACAAUUGAAAACCAAAAUGUUGGAUCUUAUAAUGUCUUAUAUAAGCUUGCCAUUCCAAUUUAGAUGUUUGUGCAAUAUGAUGCAAGAUAUUUCUGUUUCAAAAACCAGUGUAAGGGGCAUUCCACAGUUUACCAUCUUGGCUGUGCCCACUUCAAAGUGUGCAAGUAUAAUUAUCUGUUCUUAGAUUGUGCUCAAGGUGUAAACUAGCUAAUUUACAUAUUAUGAUCUCUUGUGUAAUACAGUACGUAGCAAAUUUGAGAGUAUAGCAAAUUCGAAGACUCACAAACUGCCACCAGCAGUUAAGGUAAUAAAUUUGGGCCUGCUUCUCAUAGCAUAAAA